AUGUCUCCAUUCAAAGACGAUGCCACAGAGCUCUACCCUCGGAUGAGGCUGGGCGCCAACCUCCAGGAGCUCUACGCCGAAAACAUCAUCGCCAAAGUCCACCGGACGGCGAGGAAAGCGGAAAAGGCAGACGAUGGCUCGUGUAACCUCACAGGGUUCCCCGAAUACGUGACAAGUGACGCAUCAGGCGGCGGGGAUUACACCAUGCGCGAACCCAAGUUCUGGACUUGUGGCUUCUUCCCUGGCACGCUCUACAACAUCAUAGAGAGACUUCACAGAUAUCCCAAGUCCAUCAAGAUCUCCUCCAACAACUCCGAAGACGGGAAGCAAAUGGCCAACCUGCGCUCAGAAUUCGGCAGCUUGUGCAAAACCUGGGCAGCGCCAUUGCACGACAUGGCCAGCCGCACAGAUACCCACGACGUCGGCUUCAUCAUCAUGCCUGCCCUGCGCCUGGACUGGGAACUCACUGCCAAUACCAAGAGCCUGGAGUCAAUCCAGCGCGCAGCCAACAGUCUCGCCUCGAGAUUCAUCCCCGCCGCCCGCGCGAUCCGCAGCUGGGACGCCCGCAUCCAGAAGAACGUGCAGAUCACAGACAUGGACGACAAUCUGAUCGUCAUCAUCGACAGCAUGUGUAACUUAGACCUGCUCUUCUACGCUUCAAAGCACUGCGCCGACCAGCGCCUGCACGACAUCGCCGUGGCCCACGCCACCACCCUCCUCCGCACCCACCUGAGGCCCGAGCCGACCAGGGUGACCUCGCCACUCGCGUACAAAGGCCAGUGGUACUCGUCUCACCACGUCGUCAACCUCGACCCGAAGGACGGCAGCAUCAAGCGCGCCUUCACGGCGCAGGGGGACAGCGACACGUCGACAUGGGCGCGCGGCCAGGCCUGGGGCAUCCUGGGCUACGCGCAGACCUACAUGUGGACCAAGGACGUCAAGUUCCUGCAGGCGUCUGCCGGUAUGGCAGAAUACUUUCUCUGCCGGCUCGAGUCCUGCCCACCCAUGGUCGACGCCGAGACCGGCCAGGAGACGACUGUCGAUAGUGCUCCUGCCAAGCACCACGGUGGUCGAUGUGUGCCGCUCUGGGACUUUGAUGCCCCGGAUAGGGAGUCCGGGUCCUGUCCACGAGAUUCCUCGGCGGGAGCCAUCGCUGCAAAUGGCAUGCUCAUUAUCUCCCAGGCGCUGCUCGCUUUGGGCCACGACAAGCUUGCCCUGCGGUUCCGUACCAGUGCGGUCGACAUUGUGAGGGAUCUGCUGAACUUUGCUCUGGCAUCGGAGAAGGCUACUCUGGCAAGCACUGCAGACGGGGUGUUUGAGUCGAGAGAUGCAGUGCCCGGGGAGCAUUAUGAGGCCAUAUUGAAACACGGUACGGCGAAUAACAAUCAACAUGCAAUGAAGAGCCUCUGCUCUCAGCAACCUCACUCGACCAAGCCUGCUGCGCCUGUUGAGUACGAACAUGUCGACGGAGCAGAAAGUCUGAGUGACUAUCGACCCGGUGGCUAUCAUCCGAUUCACAUCGACGAUCGCCUUGAUAGACGAUAUCGUGUUGUGCACAAGCUCGGCCAUGGCACGUUCUCCACGGUAUGGCUUGCCAUCAAUGAGGAGACAUCAAAAUAUGUCGCCAUCAAGGUCGGCACGGCGGAUGCGAGUCGCACCGAAAUUGAUAUUCUUUCUAGGCUUACAGAAAGCGCUGUAGGCUACUCGGAACAUGAGCGGUCGCUGAUUCCAAACGUUCUGGAUCACUUUGAUAUAAGUGGCCCCAAUGGCAAUCAUCAGUGCCUCGUGACUGUUCCGGCACGGGGUAGCUUGCAGGACGCGAGAGAGGCGUCUGGUAGCUCCUUAUUCCAGCUUGAUGUUGCUAGAUCUCUUGCCGCGCAACUAGUGUUAGCCGUAUCCCUCGUCCACUCAAAGGGUUACGCCCAUGGAGAUCUUCAUCUUGGCAAUAUCUUCUUACGACUACCCUCGCCUCUCGACAAGCUAUCAAUACAGCAACUAUAUACGCAGUAUGGAGAGCCCGAACGAGAGCCAGCAAUUUGCCUCGGCACCAUAGCAGCACCGAAGAAUCCCGGAGUUCCUUCCUACGUAGUGCCGGCAAUGUGGCUCGGCACACAAAGCAAUAGACUUACACUGAGCGAGGCGAAGCUCGUGCUAGGCGACUUGGGGGUCGCUUUCCGACCCAGCGAUCAGUCUCGGACGGUGUCGUAUACACCACUUGUAUAUCGCCCGCCGGAAGCAUAUUUUGAGCCCAUAACGCCCCUCACACUCGCCUCUGACAUAUGGAGCCUAGGCUGUGUAGUCUUCGAGCUCCUAGCCCACAGGUCGCUCAUCGAUGGCUUGUUUAUGGUACGGGAAGACGAGAUCACGGCCCAGCAGGUGGAGCUUCAAGGUCCAAUGCCGCCCGAAUGGUGGGCGGCAUGGGAGAAGCGAGCCAAGUGGUAUGACGAUGCAGGAAACCCCCUCAGCAAUGCGUCUGAUGUAUGGUCCUGGGAAAGACGAUUCGAGCAGUGGGUGCAAAACCCGCGACAGGCUAAGGGGAUGGAGACGAUCGGCGAGGACGAGAGGGAUGCCCUGUUCAGGCUGCUGCGGUGGAUGUUGUCAUGGAGGCCUAGCGAGCGGCCAAAUAUCAAGAAGGUGCUGGAGGCGGAUUGGUUGACGAGAUGGGCUUUGCCAGCAUAUCGGAAAAGCCUAAGGGCUCAUUGA